AUUAGAGACAAAGUUUUGACCCACAAUCAUUAAAAAGUUAAAACUAACAUUUCCAACUUGAAUCCUUUGUUUUAGACCAAAAUCUUUUGGAAAAUCAAAUCCUACAAAUCUCAAACUCCAAAUAUCUCUAUCAAUACUUAUACAUUAACUAUAACCAUAAUUAUUAGUAUUAUCUUCCAUGUUCAUCAAAUUAAAUUCAAAAUUAUGAACCAAAAAACCUCCAUUAAAACCUUUUCAUUACAACAAAACAAGCAUUCCCAAGAAAAUAAGCAUAAAAUCUUCAGUUUUAUCAAAUCAACUUUAAUUCUCUGUUUAUUGUUUUCUCUUUCAAUUUUUGUUCUUUUUGCUUUCUCUUCUCUACCAUCUUCCCCAACUCACCACUUUUUUCCAUUUUCUUUAUCUUCAUGGGUUUCAUCUUCUUCUACUUGUUGCAAUUUUUCUGAUCCGGAUCCAGGCCCGACUGAAAUAACCCAUAUCCAAUUCGGGCUUGGAGGGUCUUCCAAAACUUGGGAAACCCGGCAAGCUUAUUCCCAUCUAUGGUGGAAUCCUAAUAAAACCCGGGGAUUUGUUUGGUUAGAUGAUGACCCACCAAAACCCACUAAAGAAAGUUUUCCCCCAUUUCGGGUUUCGGGUCGGGCAGGGUUUAGAUUCGGGUCAAGUAAAAAACCUACUGAUUCUGAUCGGAUGGCCCGGAUAGUGAAGGAAAGCUUUGAAUUAGGGUUACCCGGGAUAAAAUGGUUUGUAAUGGGAGAUGAUGAUACAGUGUUUUUCCCAGAGAAUCUAGCGGAAGUAUUAUCAAAAUAUGAUUAUCGGGAAAUGUAUUAUAUCGGAGCUCCGAGUGAGAGUGUGGAGCAAGAUGUAAUGCACGGGUAUGAAACCGGGUUUGGUGGUGGUGGGUUUGCAAUAAGUUAUGGAUUAGCUUGGGAAUUAGUGAAGAUUUUAGAUGGUUGUAUUAAGAGAUACCAUAAUUUUUAUGGGUCUGAUGAGAAAGUUUCUGCUUGUGUUGCUGAACUUGGUGUUCCUCUUACUAAAGAACCUGGCUUUCAUCAGCUUGACGUUAGAGGCGACCCCUAUGGCCUCCUGGCUGCGCAUCCUGUGGCUCCCUUGGUGUCUCUACACCAUCUUGUCAGUGCAAAGCCGUUGUUUCCCGGUGAAAAUCAGCUGGAUUCUAUCAAAAGACUCUUGCAUGCUUACCAUGUCGAUCCUGGCCGCAUCAUCCAGCAGAGUUUCUGCUAUGAUCAUCGACAUAAAUGGUCAGUAUCCAUAUCUUGGGGCUAUACGGCACAAUUAUAUCCUUCCCUUAUUCCAGCCAAGGUCCUUAGUAUGCCUCUUCAGACGUUUGAUACAUGGCGUAGUGGGAGUGAUGGGCCGUUUGUCUUUAAUACCCGACCCAUGAAAGAGGAUCCAUGCGAAAGGCCUAUUAUCUAUUACCUUGAUCAAGUUAAGGAUAUUGGUGAAGGCAAGACUGUAAGUACUUACACGAGGCCCUCAGGUGAUGAUGGUAAAGAAUGUCCGCAACCAGCUUACAAGCUUGCAAUGUUGUUGAAGAAACUGACUGUGUCUGCAUCAAAAACGGGUCCCGAGAAGUGGAUGAAGGCAUUGCGCAGGGAGUGCUGCGAGAUUAGGAAUAGUUUCGGUGUGGACAGCAACAUGCGAAUAGAGAUUCGAAGCUGUAAGCCAAGGGAGACCAUCACUAUGUAAAGGCAAGGCAAUAUAAAUCGUCCUUUUAAGUGAAAGACAUGUAAAGCAAUCAGUUCGCAUGAUUAGAGUUACAAUUUACCGUUAGCGAUUAUGCAUGCCAUAUACUCUAACCAUUGGACCACGACUCUAUGUAACUCUGUCUCCAUUGAAGUCUCUGAAUGGAAUACAGAUUUUAGUAUUGUGUGCAGCUGUGCGCGCCUUGAUAGAAGAUGCAAGCUGACUUGAUGAAGAGGACACGGGAACAAGAUACUGGCAUGGCUGAUUAAUCUGUUAAUCUAACUAGCUUCUUAUUAGUAAGUUGGUGUUUAGUUUUACUAUGGCUCAGCCAACAGCCAGAAUUUUGGGCUAAAGAGGUUUUUUGAGCCUUUAUGAGGGCCUAUUUUCUGUGGCGUGUGCUUCGGCUUGAGUUUCUCUGGCUAGGUCGGUAUAUUUUGUUUACCUCUACUCGAUGUAUAUUUAUCACUUUUACGUAAGAAAAGAUUUGAGUUAGUUUAUGUAUAUUAGUCGUCUCCGAUGGUUCGAGUUAGUUCAUGUAACAUUAAUCCUCGCAGAAUAUUUAUAGGCUGUUUUUGCCUUAAUAAAAAGAGAAAAUUCUAUGAAACUACCUAUUCUAUACCUGAAUUUGCAAAAAACUACCUUAUCUAAUUUUUUUUGCAAAAAACUACCUUAUGUAAUACUUUUGUUUGCAAAAGACUACCUUCUAACGGAUUUGAGAGUUUGACCGUCAAAACUAAC